AAAAAAAAAAAGUAGAAUUAAAAAAAAAAUAGAUAAAUAAAAGAAAAAUAAUACAACAGAUCGUGUUAGGAUCGUCGAAUGGAGUCGUCGACUCGCCGGAAUUUCAGAUGAAACUGACGAAGGAAUUAAAAAUCGUAACGAUUAUGUACAAUUAUUGAAGAUAAUGACGCGGGGUGGUCGUUUGCAUGGGAUUUUUCUUGAUCCACCACCUGAUACAGACGAGAUACCACCGUUGGCCGAAUCAAUGUGUAACUUUUUAUCUAGCAAAUGUAAGGACCUACCAAAUGCCGGUCCAUUGGAACCGAUUGUAUCAAGAAAAACGCCAGAUGGUUGUGCUUAUAUCUCUUUACGAAAGAUUGAAAAUAAAGGGAUUUUGUGUUAUCUAGCAGUUAGUCCCGAUGGAUUGACCAUGCCAAAGAAAGAACAAUAAACGGUAUAUAUACAUAUAUAUAUAUAUAUAUAUAUAUAUAUAUAUAUAUCUUGAAGAAAUUAAAAGCUUAGGAAGGAUUUUGUUAAUCGUAAAUGACAAUAAAAGGAAAUAAUGACACUACAAUGUUAUAUAGAUAAUUGAGAAUGAAAUAAGCAUAAUUGUAAUGAGAUAAUAAUUCAAUUAAGAAAGAAAAAAA